AGGAGACCCCGAACGCAUCAGCCGUGCAUGCAGUAGACGCCUGUGGACACCGAGCGACGCUGUUGGAGAAACGCAGCUGCUCUCAUCUGUCCUCCACAUCCACCUUGCCCCAUGUAAAGGAAACCAAACCAAACCUCACCCAGUGCAAGUCAAGCUGGGUUCAUGGUAAAGUGAGAGAAAGUUUGCUUUGACUCAUUUUACACCUGCACCGUAGCAUAUAUUUAUUUUACAUUUGACAGUUUUUUUUGUUGCAUUAUUUAAUUCCUGUGCUGCCUUAUAUCUCUCUGUCUCUCAUCAUCCUCCUUAUAUUGUUCACCCAACACCAACAUCAGUUUGUCCUCCACCCUGUCUUCCUCCUCCUCCUGCUGCUGCUGCUGCUGCUGCUGUUGUUGCUGUCAUGCACAGGAAGUUGCUCUUCUGCUUUUGUGCGUCUGUGGUUUCUGUUUGUGCUACAGAGGGUGUCACACUCCCCUCUCCUUCCUUUCACACGCAGACCCGUCUACUCACUCACCAGAGGAGUUCUCUCGGUCAACAAGUGUGCCACUAAGUGCCACUUAGGUGGGGCUUUUCUCUCUCUCUCUCUCUCGAGCGCAGCAGACCCCACCAAGGCGUGUGUCCCUAUCGCAGAAAAAAGGUACCUGUAGACGCACAGGGAGAAAUAUGCUGAUGCGAGGACAGAAAUGAGGACGCGCAACUUUGCUGCAUCACCCACCCUGUCCUCAGGACAAAGGCGGAUUUGGUAGACUAGAGUCCUUGAUGUUACACUCCUUGUAGGCCGGAACACUUUGAGUUUGAUUUGAGCUUUCGCUUGCUCCCGUCCUUCAGAGAGCGACCCUCUUUUUUUUUUUUUUUGGAAUACAUUUCGGGAGAAAAGGGUUUGUGUAAAGCUUUCCUCCUGGAUUACUUGUGGAGAUUAGUGAUGGGGAAUGUGGCCGCGGGGGGCUUGGAGCAGGAUCCGUCCGAGGGCCGAGAGGCCAGGGACUCGGUCGGAGGAGCUCCGGGAACGGGUGACCCCGCUUCGACCCCGCAGAAGAAGAUGCAGCCGGCUCCCCCUAAACUACCCAUGCCUCCGGAGGACGAGCUGGAGGAGCGCUUCAACGUGGUGCUGAGCUACAUGAACCUUCCUCCAGACAAACUGAAGCUGUUGAGUCAGUACGACAACGACAAGAAGUGGGAGUUGGUCUGCGACCAGGAGCGUUUCCAGGUGAAGAGCCCCCCCUCCAUCUACCUGGCUAAGAUCAAGAGCUGCUACCAGGAUCAAGGAGGGGUGUCCCGCAGGCUGAAGAAAAGGAUCCAGGAGGCCACCCAGGUCCUCAGGGAUUUGGAGAUAUCGCUUCGCACCAACCACAUCGGAUGGGCUCAGGAGUUCCUCAACGAGCAGAACAAAGGCUUGGACAUCCUGCUGGAGUACCUGUCCCACGCCCAGAGCGACGUCUCGUUCGAUGCGGACGGCUUGGAGAACGGCGGCUCGCUGUCAGAGCGAGCGAAACCGUCCGACAGGUCCAUGGAGGACCUGACCCGAAGCUCCCCGUCACACGGCAUGAGCAGAGCGGCCCGAGCUCUGACCGUCAGAAUAAGCUCCACUCUGACCAACAAGAUGCACAAGAAGUCCCACUCGUACAACCAGAGGGACGACGUGCACGUGUGCAUCAUGUGCCUGCGAGCCAUCAUGAACUACCAGUCCGGCUUCAACCUGGUGAUGACUCACCCGCGCUGUGUGAACGAGAUCACUCUCAGCCUCAACAGCAGGAAUCCCAGGACCAAAGCCCUGGUGCUGGAGCUGCUGGCCGCCGUGUGCCUGGUCCGAGGCGGACACGACAUCAUUCUGUCUGCGUUCGACAACUUCAAAGAGGUCAGCAGAGAGAAGAACCGCUUUGAGAAGUUGAUGGAGUACUUCAUCAAUGACGACAGCAACAUCGACUUCAUGGUGGCCUGCAUGCAGUUCAUCAACAUCGUGGUGCACUCGGUGGAGAACAUGAACUUCCGCGUUCAUCUGCAGUUCGAGUUCACUAACCACGGGUUGGACAAGUAUCUCGGGCGUCUGAAGCAAACGGAGAGCGAGAAGCUGCAGGUGCAGAUCCAGGCCUACCUGGACAACGUGCUGGACGUGGGGGCCCUGCUGGAGGACGCUGAGAACAGAGGAGGGGUGCUGGAGCACGUGGACGAGCUGCAGGACCACAACGCGCAGCUGAGCGCCCGGCUUCAGGAGAUCGAGGGUCAGACCGCAGAGAGGAUGUCCGAGCUGGAGACUCAGCUCAUGCAGGCCACCAAGGAGACGGAGCUGCUCAAAGAGAGCCUGCGGGACUCCUGCUCCCAGGUGGGCGCCUUGCAGCAGAGGGAGCGGGAGCGGGAGCUGGACCGGGAGCGGGAGAAGGACCGGGAGCGCCUGAGCACCUCCGCGCCGCCGACCUCAUCCGAGCUGGAGCAGAAGGUCAAGGAGCUGCAGGACAAGGGCCUGAUCCGCCUGGGCCGCAGUCCCUCCGGAGGUCUGGACAUCCAGGUGGUGCCCGUCACGGUGAUGGAGUACGUCCAGGUCUCGGCCUCCGAUGCGGCCUCCCCUGCUUCUGCCGCUCCAGCACCACCACCUCCUCCUCCUCUUGCUGGUGGCCCGGAGGGGGCGGCCUCUCCUCCUCCACCACCGCCGCCGCCUCCUCCUCUAGGGGGUAGCGGCGCCGUGCCACCACCUCCUCCUCCCCCUCCUCCACCUCCCCCGCCUGGCUCUGGACCCCCACCACCACCACCACCACCACCACCUCCGCCACCGCCUGGCUCUGGACCCCCACCACCACCCCCUCCGCCCGGUGGUGGACCGCCUCCCCCGCCUGGAGCGCUAAACCCUCAAUCCUCGGUGAAGACCAAGAAGCCCAUCCAGACCAAGUUCAGGAUGCCGCUGUUGAACUGGCAGGCCUUGAAACCAAACCAGGUGACGGGCACCGUCUUCAACGACCUCGAUGACGAGAAGGUCUUAGAUGAGUUGAACAUGGACAUGUUUGAGGAACACUUUAAGACCAGGGCCCAGGGGAACACAACGGACGUGUCCACCAUCAAGAAGAAGGUGGUCCAGAAGGCCCCCAGCAAGUUGUCCUUGAUCGAAGCCAACAAGGCGAAGAAUCUGUCCAUCAGCCUACGCAAGGGGGGGAUGAACCCGUCCGCCAUCUGCACCGCCAUAGAGACGUACGACCAGAAGUCUCUGUCCAUCGACCUCCUGGAGAUACUCGUGCCCUUCAUUCCGUCCGACUACGAGAUGAAGCUGCUGCUGAACUACGAGAAGGACGGGCGCCCGCUGGAGGAGCUGACCGACGAGGAUCAGUUCGUGCUGCGCUUCGGGAAGAUCCCCCGCCUGAAGCAGCGCAUCAGCACUUUCACCUUCAUGGGCAACUUCCCGGACACGGUGAAACGCCUGCAGCCGCAACUGAACUCCAUCAUCGCGGCGUCCAUGUCCAUCAAGUCCUCAACCAAACUGAAAAAAAUCUUAGAGAUCGUCCUCGCCUUCGGGAACUACAUGAACAGCAGUAAGCGGGGCGCAGCGUACGGCUUCCGGCUGCAGAGCCUGGACCUCCUGUUGGAGACAAAGUCAACGGACCGCUCGCAGACGCUUCUUCACUUCAUCACCAGCAUCGUCCAGGAGAAAUACCCCGACCUGGCCAACUUCCACACGGAGAUCCACUUCGUGGACAAGGCCGCACUCGUGUCGCUGGACGGCAUCCUGCAGGACAUCCGCUCGUUGGAGCGGGGAAUGGAGGCGACCCAAAAGGAGUUCCAGCAGGACGACCGCCCCGUGCUGAGGGACUUCAUCCAAAGCAACAGCCAGCAGCUGGAGACGUUGAUCAAAGACAGCAAGACGGCUCAGGAAGCGUACGCCUCUGCAGUGGAGUAUUUCGGCGAGAACCCCAAAACCACGCAGCCGUCCAUGUUCUUCCCGACGUUUGGCCGCUUGAUAAAGGCCUACAAGGCGGCGCAGCAGCAGAUCGAGCAGCAGAAGAAGAAAGCGGAGAGCGCGAGCAGCGAGGAAAAGGCGCCGCCCUCUCCGAGCAAGGCCGGGGGCCAAAAGGGGCCCAUGAUGAUGCCGAAGAUGGACCUGAUAGCGGAACUGAAGAAGAGGCAGGUGAAGCCUCAGGUGCGCGAGGGGAAGGACGGCGCUCUGGAGGACAUCAUCACAGAUCUGAGGAACACGCCGUACCGCCGCACGGACGGUCGGAGGCCGCCGCCGCCGCGCCAGGACACCUGAGCCACUUCCGUUCCAAAAGUCGCCCUCGCCAUCACCGGAUGGGGGGUGGGGGGGGGGGGGAGCACGUUAAAAUGUUCUGUACAUACGCUGGUGCCAAAAAAGAUGUGCGGCGGCGUGUGCGUUUGUCGCCGAGUCUCUUUGUGUAGAUUUUCCGUGUAAAUAGAACUUGAAGUCGGAAACCGUUUUAUAUUUUUUAGAUCUGACCACGAUGUGUCCCUUUGGAUCAAUUAAAAAGAAAAAAAAGAAAAGAAAAAAAAAAUCA